AUGGCUUCUUCUUCUUCCUUUCAUUUUAUUCUGUUCUGUUCUCUAUUCAUUGCAGCGUCGACGUUGUCGUCAGUCGCCACAACCUCUUUUCGACCAAAAGGGCUUCUUCUUCCGGUCACCAAAGAUGCUUCAACCCAACAAUACCUUACCCGCAUCAACCAAAGGACUCCUCAGGUGCCCUUGACCUUAACCGUCGACCUCGGCGGCCAUUUGUCAUGGGCAGACUGUGAAAAAGGUUUUGUUUCCUCCACCUACCGUCCAGCUCGUUGCAAUUCAGCUCAAUGCAAAGUUGCUUGGGAUACUGUUUGUCCAAACUGUCCAGUCAAGCCAGACUGCAUCAACAACACAUGUGGCAUCGCACCAACCAACACCGUCAACGGCUUGGCCGGAGGAAGCGGUCAGCUGGGAGCAGAUGUGGUGUCCAUCCAAUCCAACGACGGUCGGGCUGUCUCACUAUCAAACUUUCUCUUUAUUUGUACCUCCACAUCUGUCUUACAAGGUCUUGCUAGUAGUUCCAAGGGCAUGGCUUGCCUUGGAAUGAAUAAAGUUACUCUUCCUUACCAACUCGCCACGGCUUUUAGAUUUCCUCGGAAAUUCGCCAUUUGUUUGAGUUCAUCAACAAUUUCUAAGGGUGUCAUAUUGUUUGGUGAUGGACCUUAUAUGUUCCUUCCUAAUGUUGAUGUCUCAAACUCCCUUAUCUACACCCCACUUAUCCCCACCUCUGCGCCUUACGUCAUUGGAGUAAAAUCUAUCCUAAUCAACCAAAAGGUUGUCCCUAUAGACCCUGGAUUAAUAUCAGGUUACAAUGAGAUCCAAACUCAGAUCAGCACUGUCGAUCCUUACACACUCAUGCACACUUCGAUAUACAAUGCUUUUAUUGAGGUUUUCAUCAAGGAGUUCCCGAGCGCCACUAGGGUUGCGUCCGUGGCUCCUUUCGGGGCAUGUUUUAGCUCCAAGAGCAUUUCCAGCACCCGUGCUGGCCCGGCUGUGCCACACAUUGAUCUCGUGUUGCAGAACAAGAAUGUGUACUGGAGGAUCUUUGGAGCAAACUCGAUGGUGCGGGUCAGCAACGAAGUGUUGUGUCUAGGGUUUGUGGAUGCUGGUACAGAGACUGGCUCUUUGAUGGUGCUCGGAGGGCAUCAGAUUGAGGACAAUUUUCUACAGUUUGAUCUUAAGGCAAACAGACUAGGGUUCAGUUCUUCAUUGCUGUUCCGACAGACAACAUGUGCCAACUUCAACUUUACAUCUCAUCUUUAG